GUCUCCAAAUUGAGCGGCAGCGGGAAGGCGAGCCUGACGCAGAUCUGCUCCGGACACUGCUGUGUCUGCUGGAAAAAGCUGAGAGUGCUGCCGGAGGGUGGUCUGUCUGUGUGUGUUGACAUCCACGGGGGCUGGGAGGAUGUAUGUGCCGCUUCAUGCGCCAACCUCCACUCUCCAAGUGAAGUCUCCACACCUAUAGGCUGUUUUUUUUCCCUACCCCCAUCGCGGCUACAUUUUCAUCCAAAUUGGUCUCACCUUGCCGCUGACGCUUGGAUGUUGAUAAAACGACGCGCAUGCGUUGCUCUUGGAAUAAUUUUGCAGCCUAAGUUGCAUCCCUGAGAUCUUGUGUCAAAGUCGUUGGCAGGAUCGGAGUUAGUGAUGUGGACUACUCUGGACCGCGGAUGCUGGGGGGUCUGCUGCUUGUCCCUGCUGGCGACUGUAGUCUGCGGGGCGCAAAGCGCCAACGAACCUAGCAACAUGUCAUAUGUGAAAGCCACCGUGGACAAACUGCUGAAGGGCUAUGACAUCCGUCUGCGGCCUGAUUUUGGAGGCGCCCCUGUGGAUGUUGGCAUGAGCAUAGACAUCGCCAGCAUUGACAUGGUGUCUGAAGUCAACAUGGACUACACCAUCACCAUGUACUUCCAACAGUCCUGGAGAGACAAGCGCCUCUCCUACACAGGCAUUCCUCUCAAUCUCACCCUGGACAACCGGGUGGCAGACCAGUUGUGGGUCCCUGACACCUACUUCAUUAAUGACAAAAAGUCUUUCGUCCAUGGGGUGACAGUAAAGAACCGUAUGAUCAGACUGCACCCUGAUGGAACUGUGCUAUACGGUCUCAGGAUCACCACAACAGCUGCCUGCAUGAUGGACUUGCGCAGAUACCCACUGGAUGAGCAGAACUGCACCUUGGAGAUUGAGAGCUAUGGAUACACCACUGAUGACAUUGAAUUCUACUGGCAGGGAGGAAGCAACACAGGCUCAGUCACUGGGGUGGAGAACAUCGAACUGCCCCAGUUCUCCAUCAUAGACUACCAAACCCUCUCCAAGAAAGCUGUGUUUGCCACAGGUUCUUAUCCACGUCUGUCGCUGAGCUUUAAGCUGAAGAGGAACAUUGGCUAUUUCAUUCUGCAAACUUACAUGCCCUCCACCCUGAUCACCAUCCUGUCCUGGGUCUCCUUCUGGAUCAACUAUGAUGCCUCGGCUGCCAGAGUCGCAUUAGGUAUAACCACGGUGCUGACAAUGACCACCAUCAAUACCCACCUUAGGGAGACUCUGCCCAAGAUCCCCUACGUCAAGGCCAUUGACAUUUAUCUCAUGGGUUGCUUCGUCUUCGUCUUUCUGGCCUUGCUGGAGUACGCCUUUGUCAACUACAUCUUCUUUGGCCGAGGUCCUCACCUACAGAAGAAGGUAGCAGAAAAGGCUGCCAAGUCCAACAACGAGAACAAGAGCAGAUUGGAGAGCAACAAAGUGCAGGUUGAUGCUCAUGGCAACAUCCUCCUAACCAACUUAACCAGUGAGAUGGGUGGAGCAGAUAUGAUGGGAGCUCUCAACGACCCUCGGGCUACCAUGUUCUCUUAUGACAGUGCCAGCAUACAGUACCGUAAGCCCAUGACCAGCCGAGACCUGUAUGGACGACCAGCCAUUGACCGGCCAAUGGGCCACAAGAAGGGCCGCUUGCGGAGGAGGGCUUCGCAGCUCAAAGUCAAGAUCCCCGACCUCACGGACGUCAACGCCAUAGACAAGUGGUCCCGUGUCGUCUUCCCAAUUGCAUUCACCUUCUUCAACCUGGUCUACUGGCUUUACUAUGUCCAUUAGGGUGGCAGUAGCGGGCCUCUGUGGCAGCACUACUGCUAAUGAUUUGAUAGAAAAGCUACCUAGGUCUUGUACAGCAAUGAAAACGAAGGAGCGUUCAGUCCAUUUGUAUACAUCCUGUUUUGGAAUGAGUAGUACUGGAUGUCUUUACAAUGUAAAUACAAUUUAAUAUAUAAUAUAUAAAUAUAUAUAUAACAGAGGUAUAAUUUAUUAAAAAUCCUAUCACUUUUGCUGUACUCAUCCAUACAAAAUAGAUAGAUAAAAAUAAUGGAAUUUAAGACACAGUAAAGGUAUGGUAUUUCUAAGUUCAAACUUGCCAAAAAGACUUUGGUGACUCCAAAAUUAUGGGCAAUGAUCUUUCAUUUGUUCUAUAUCUUUUUCUUACCUUCCGUUAUCUCACUUUUUGCAUGUGAAUGGAACACAACUUUUUGUUUGCUUAAGACAAAAACAAGAGCAAAGGAAGCCCAGUGCAAAACAAGUAGGUAAUUAUAACAGUUUUUACAUGAUCUUGUGACUGAAGCUCAUCCAGCUUAUUAACAGAAGACGUUUGGUUGAAUUCCACCGUAAUAAGAUAGUCCUGAUUUGAUUUAAGGUCAGUGCUCUGAUUGAGGUCAUUUUUGUGGAGCCGGAUAUGCAUCGUGUUGAAAUCCUUCUCUGAAAGCCAUCUGUGAGCUAACAAACAUGUCAGAUUGCUUUUCAUGACAUGUUCUCUUUUUUUGACAAGUUUCUUUUCAGUUCUGUAAAAAAAGAAAAAAAAAGAAAAAGCUUUGCAUGGCUCUACUGAGCCACUCUGUAUUAUAAUCAUUAUACUGUAUGCUUUCGAACAAUCAUUGCAUAUAAGGUAAGUACAGGACAGAUGUUAAUUGGAACUCCAACUAAUUUCUCAAAAACAAAAUGUAGUCGAAUUUGUAUCUAUGAUAUUCUCACAGUGUCUGUGAGCAUGUACAAUGUAAUUUUCUUUAAAAGAAAUCAGGUAAAGAAUGACCAAUGAUGUCACCAUGCUUUCAAAAUCACAUUUAAAAUUUCAAGCCCUGAUAAAACUCGCUGCUGGUGUUGAACAUUUUGUGUUACAGACUAUUAUUAAACAUUUUUGUCAGAUACCUGAAAAUAUACUGUUCAUAACUGUUAGAAAUACAUAGAGGGUUAUCCAUCUCAGUGUGUUAAAUAAUUACAGGGCAAGUUUGAGGUCACUGUUACUCUAAUUUAUUUUUCAGUGGAUUGCCUUUCAGCUCAUUAUCAAGGCUUAGGGUUAGGGAUCAGUUGUAAGACCCCAGUUCAAGUUUGCUCCAGCUCCAGUCCUACAGUCAGGUUCAAAAUACAUUUCUGAGGACAAACUAGUGGUGAGGACAGACAGAGUAGGUAUGACCAACAUCAAACAAAGUGUAAUAGCUGGCCCAGUGUCCCUAGAAAUUAUUUCCAUAUUGGACAAAACCUCACAAAUCAUGUUCUGUGCCAAUGCCAGAAGUUGAGCGUCCUUUACAGUAUACACCAGUCAGCCAAAACAUUAAAACC